CGCUCUCGGGGCGGUGCUGCGGAAGCUACCAUCAUGCUAGCUGCAAGAGUCCUGUGGAAGCCGCUCUGCUAAACUCAUGUCCUGACGUCCACUGUCUCGUCUUCCUCGUUGUCUUGUCCCUUAUUCUCACGGACACGUGGAUCUAGGAUGGAAACAACAACAACGUGUGCCUGAAGCUCGUCGUCUUUGUGCGCCAGGAGGAGCCGGCAGGACAGUCGGCUAAGGUGAGCUAGCCGCGAAGCUAGCGCGGCUAACCGUAACACACCGCCUCUGCCAUCACGACAACAGACACAGCCCACGAGUCGGUGGUUCGACGUUUCUGGAGACAUCAUGGAGAAGGCGGAUUUCUUGAAGGGACUUCCUGUCUACAAUAAGAGCAACUUCAGCAGAUUUCAUGCAGACUCUGUUUGUAAAGCAUCUAAUCGAAGGCCUUCUGUGUACCUGCCAACACGUGAAUACCCCUCUGAACAGAUUAUUGUAACAGAGAAAACCAACAUCCUCCUGCGUUACCUCCAUCAGCAGUGGGACAAAAAGAAUGCAGCAAAGAAAAGGGAACAGGAACAAGGUGAGGGGGACAGCCCGGCACCCCCAAGGAAGAUCGCCAGGACAGAUAGCCAAGAGAUGAAUGAGGACUCGUAAAUGUGCGCGUGUGUGUGUGUGUGUGUGUGUAUAUAUAUGUGUGAAUGGACGUGUGUGUUUGCGUGCACAGGGUAUAGCUAAUACAAACCAACAAAUUCAAAGGAUAAUCCGACCCGAAUACUAUGGCAGGAUGCCAGAAUCUCACACAAAGAAUUAGGGGAAUUCCUACCAACAAAGCAGCCUUUCCUGGUGUAAAGAUUUGAGUGCAUGAAAAGAUCGACAGAGCAAAACCAACAUCAGCGAGGGAUCCUUAUACGGGUGUUAAUUAAUGUUGGCUAUUCCCUGUGUGUGUGAGUAUAAAUGUAUAUGCUUGUAUGCAUGCUGAGCUGUGAUUGUGGGUUUCUUGUGCGUUGUACUGUGUGUGUGUGUGUGUGGGUGAGAGCUGAGUCAAUAGUUGAAAACGUGUCGGAGUAGAUUUAGGAUCAGCGAUGGACUUGACAGAUGAAACUAUACCCUAAAAAUCAGUCUCAUACAUGACUCGUGUAGCCUCCUGCCUCCUGGAGAGUCUGUACUGAUUAGUGCAACGAUAACAUUUUUUGUUACUGUUUUAAUUUUAUUAUGAUAACUUUUAUUUUUUACGUACGGCAACGAGCUUCCUGCCAGCCACAGUGCCCGCCCUCUCGGUUUCACUGCCCACUCUGCGACCACACGGGGGCAUUGCCACAUUUCUCCACACUGUCAGAAUCAACAGAACCAAGAACGCACUGUGAAGAACAGCACAAAGUAGAAGCAACUCUUUCCCUUAGAUGUGUGUUUAUGGUGAAUAUGCAUAUCGUCGUUCUAUCCUGGGACUUGUGCUCUGUAGGAAAAAUGUUGUGUUGUGGCUCUGAGAAAUAUUUUUUACAUCUAGCACCACCUUCUGGCCGGUCGAAGGUAGUAAGUAAGAAAGGCCUUGAGUUUCAGUUUUAGGAUGAAAAAGAUGGGAAAAGUUACAUCCAGAUAUGAAAGUGUUUAUCGUGUUGUUGGGUUUCCAGCUGCACCACUCGGCAACAGCACAGAUAGUGAAGAAGAAUAUGUAUAGUAAUGUAUGAAAAAUAAUACAUUGUGUGUAAAUAAUUACCAAUAACAGAUGGAAUAUCUUUGUGUCUGCAUUUUUUGUAAAAUAUUACACACCUGUGGAUACAAUAGAAAAUCACCCUUGUGAGUGUUGAGAGCCGGGCGGACGUGACCUCUUCUCGCAUGUUGAUGUUUUCAUGGCUGGGUUUCAUAUCCAUGGACCGGUAAUAAGAGUGAGGGGGUGCGGGGGUGCGGUGUUAUCUCACGUGACUGCAGGAGGUUUUAGCCUGGAGGCCUUACAACCUGUCAGCGCGGUUCAGACUCUCUGCUGGGGAUGGCUGUUCUGUUCGCCCCGUCAGUACGACAGCCCCGCAUGGUUUGAAUCUGAGAGCUGGCUUCGAUGAACACGAGGGUGGGGGGUUUGAAGGGGGGCGUUAUAAUUUCAGCCAUAGAAUGCACAAUAAGCAUGCACAGCCAAGUGCUGUCGCCAUCCUGCCUUGUUCCAGAGAUUCAGUUUUGCAUCAGUCUUACUGUACAUGACUUAAUGAAGCUUUUUUUCUUUUCUUUUUAAAAAUGUUUUCUUACCACCGCGCAUCAGUCACAUUAAAGCGUCCUGUCCUUUUAUUGGUUGAUGCUGCAGUGUGGGUCGACAGCGUGGACGGUCAUCUUCCUACCUGCAGUAUAAAUACACCAUCUGUUAUUGAAGCGAAGAACCAUGUUAUGCUUCUGCUCUGAUAGACUGUUCUACUACUCCACCCCAGGCCUUGCCCCCAUCUCAUGUGUGUUAGAUAAGAUGUGUUCUUUUUAGCUUUGCUGAAAUAAAACUGGAUUGAAACUGGG